AUGCCCUCCACAACCGAGAUCGCUACUCCCGUCCCCGUGCCUGCCCCUCGCCGGCAGCAGCACGCCAUGCCGACGCUGAUUACCUCCCCGGAGCAGCUUUUCGCCAGCCUCAACGCGACCUUGGCCUCCAAGAUGGCAUCUGCCAACGGCGACAGCGACCUGCUCGCCACGCCGGUUCACCACAUCCAGGAGCACGAUUACUCCGUGCCGGCGCCCCCACCGCCCAGCCCGGUCAGUUUCAAUCAACACCAUGUUCAGUGGGGCGCUCCGCAGCGGUGCUGA